AUGAACGUUUUGUUGUCUCUUUUUGUUUUCCUCAUUUGGAACAUUCAUCUUAUUGUGAAAUCUGCAAGAGAGAAUUUAAGGGUAAGCAGAUAUAACAAGUCAGGAGUUUCCACCAUAAUCCUGAAGGGGGGUUAUAUCAACAGACAAUUCAUUGGUGAAAUACAUAUCGGAAGUCCUCCACAGCUAUUCAAAGUGCUGUUUGAUACUGGCAGCACAAAUUUAUGGAUCCCCUCGAAAAAUUGUUAUACAAAGGCCUGCCAUAAAAAAAGAAAAUAUGAUCAUAAAAUUUCUAAAAAUUAUAAAUUAUCCAAAAAUAAACCCCCUGUGGAAGUUUUUUUUGGAACUGGAAAAAUUCAAAUUGCUUACGUUUCCGAUGAUAUUCACUUAGGAGAUAUAAGAGUAAAAAACCAGGAAUUUGGAAUAGCUAGUUACAUAUCCGAUGACCCUUUUUCUGAUAUGCAAUUUGAUGGAUUAUUCGGACUAGGCAUUUCAGAUAAUAAAACAAAGAAAACACUAAUCUAUGACAACAUACCAAGAAAUGGUUCAACAAAGAAUAUGUUCUCGAUUUACUACCCCAAAGAUGUAGAAGAUGAUGGUGCAAUUACAUUCGGAGGUUACGAUAAAAAAUUUAUCCAUCCCAAUGCAAACAUAGAUUGGUUUGACGUUUCGUCCACAAAAUAUUGGGCAGUUAAAAUGAUAGGACUAAAAAUUAAUGGAGUUUUUUUAGACGUGUGCUCAAAAAACAUAGGUAGUUACUGUGAGGCAGUUAUUGACACAGGUACAUCGAGUAUUGCUGGGCCCAAAGAUGAUAUAAUUUUGUUAACUAAGUUAUUGAAUCCUAGAAAGAAUUGUCACGACAAAAGAUUACUAAAAAACCUUUCUUUCAUUUUACGUGAUAAAAAUGGUGAAAAGAAAGAAUACGAUUUAACGCCGGAUGAUUACAUCGUUAACUCUUUUCGAGUUGAUCCUGUUUUAAAAUCCCCUUGUAACUUUGCUUUCAUUCCAAUUAACAUUUCUUCGGCUAAUAGAUAUUUAUAUAUUCUUGGACAAAUAUUUUUACAAAAAUAUUAUGCAAUAUUUGAAAAGGAUAAAAUGAUUAUUGGUUUAGCUAAAUCAGUGUAA